UUUGUGGUCUGGGGGCGCGCGGUGCCCGCCGGGGCGCGCGGGACCAUGCUGCUGAAGGAGUACCGGAUCUGCAUGCCGCUCACCGUGGACGAGUACAAGAUUGGACAGCUGUAUAUGAUCAGCAAGCACAGCCACGAACAGAGCGACCGAGGAGAAGGGGUGGAGGUGGUCCAGAAUGAGCCCUUCGAGGACCCUCACCAUGGCAACGGGCAGUUCACCGAGAAGCGGGUGUAUCUCAACAGCAAACUGCCUAGUUGGGCUAGAGCUGUUGUUCCCAAAAUAUUUUAUGUCACAGAGAAGGCUUGGAACUACUACCCCUACACGAUUACAGAAUACACAUGUUCCUUUCUGCCGAAAUUCUCCAUCCACAUAGAAACCAAGUAUGAGGACAACAAAGGAAGCAACGACAGCAUUUUUGACAAUGAAGCCAAAGAUCUAGAGAGAGAAGUUUGUUUUAUUGAUAUUGCCUGCGACGAAAUUCCAGAGCGCUACUACAAAGAAUCAGAGGAUCCUAAACACUUCAAGUCAGAGAAGACAGGACGGGGAAAGUUAAGGGAAGGCUGGAGAGAUAAUCAUCAGCCCAUCAUGUGCUCCUACAAGUUGGUGACCGUGAAGUUCGAAGUCUGGGGCCUUCAGACCAGAGUGGAACAGUUUGUACACAAGGUGGUCCGAGAUAUUCUGCUGAUUGGACACAGACAGGCUUUUGCGUGGGUUGAUGAGUGGUAUGACAUGACAAUGGAUGAAGUCCGAGAGUUUGAGCGAGCCACUCAGGAAGCCACCAACAAGAAAAUCGGCGUAUUUCCACCUGCAAUUUCUAUCUCCAGCAUCCCCCUGCUGCCUUCUUCAAUCCGCAGUGCCCCCUCCAGUGCUCCGUCCACACCUCUCUCCACAGAUGCACCAGAAUUUCUGUCAGUUCCCAAAGAUCGACCCCGGAAAAAGUCUGCCCCAGAAACUCUCACGCUUCCAGACCCUGAAAAGAAAGCCACCCUGAAUUUACCUGGUGUCCACUCAGAUAAGCCAUGUCGACCCAAAUCAGAGUAACUUCAUAUGAAUAUUUCAUGGGGUUUUAUAUUUUCGUUUUGGGUGUUUGGUUUGUUUUUUUUUUUUAAGAAUCUUCUGAUAAAGAAAAAGACUGCUUUGUCAUGCAAAUGUCCCUUCGAUCUCUGAGUGUGCAUGUGGUUAAGUAAUUCACAUAUAGGAUUCCCCAAGUAUGCCACACAGCCUCGUACUAGAUGUAAAAUGUUAGACUUGCAAAGGACAGAGGAAUCUUCUGUAGCCACAGCUGGAAGCCAGGGAGGAAGUCUUGUCAUUAAGCAUUGGAUGAGGUUGGGGGGACUUCAAGGGUUGAAAAAAAAAAAAGCAAAAACGUGGCACCACUUUGUCACAGGGUGUGGUAAAGAAUAAAGUCAAUUUUCUCCCAUCAAACCUGAAAUUCUCAAAAAUGCUAUUCUCAGGCGUAAACUAAUUGCUAAAUUUUGAACUGCUCAUUGCCAAUACUUGAAUACCAACAGUUUCUGAGAUUCCUAUUUUUGGUUAGUCUGACUCAGGAUUUGGGGCCUAAUUAACUCUUUAAAUUUUUUGAAAAUUUUAAUUAUCAACCUCUAGAGGCUCCAAGUGCAAUUAAUGAUAACUUAUUUAUAGCUUUCAAGGCAUUUAAUAAAGAUUCCACUUGUUCCUGUCUUUUAAUAACUUUACCCCUUGUGGCCUCGGAAAUCUUUAAGAAUUGCAUGGGUGAAUGUGACCCUAACUGACUGAUCUUGGAAUGGUUUGGUUUAGGAACCAAGAGACCCAGGCAAACAUCUUUUUUCUCUGCAGACACCAACAAACUUUGACUUGUCAGCUUCUAUCAUCCAAUAAGAUUCUCAGAAUUUGCAAUUAAUUGAGUAGAAUUCAUUGACCGUUUGCCCAUUCAAAUGAGUUCAAGGGAAGAGUAAGCUCACUGGACUUGGACACUGUCAGAAUGUCUGGCUCAGGAACCCUAAAAAAGAGAUUUGUCUCCCUCCCCCCCUCCUGGUUUUACUUUUAAUAACAGCCAGACAUCCCUGGAUCCAUUCAGAAGUCUCUGGAAUGGAUGGCCCAUCGCUGGUCUUAGAAAAGACUCGUCCUUCUGGCUCCCUUAACUUGAAACCCAAACAUUGGGAAAGUCACAGAAGUCAAGUAAAUACUAUCGAGUGGGAGGAGAAUUGCUGGCUCCUAUUUGUAGACCAACAAAGGAGGAAUGAUAAAAGGUGCCCCUCUGUCUGAUUUUCUUUCCUGCAAGUAGUGGUAAUGCCAGAUUAGAAGGUUGAUGGGAGGCAAGAUCCUUCAUUAAAGUGGCAGAAAGAGAACUCUCCUUUGAUCUAAAGAGAACACUCUCUCACCUUUGCACCUCACUGCCUUCAAACGCAGAAGGAAAGGCAAGCAGAAUCUAGCAUUUACUUUUGUCCUCCCAGAGAGGAAGAGAACAAAAUAACUGGGCAACUCUGAGGCCCCAGCUAGCCUUCCUGACCUAACCUCCAACCUCAGGAAAGGGACCUUCCCAAAACACAGAUUCCAAAGGAAACAACAGAGACCAAGUCAUGGUCUCCUCACAGCCUCUCAGCCAGUGGACCCUGCCUGCUUCUCUCUCAGUGCUCUGCACUCUGCAUAGUGUCUUUCAAGUUGAUAAACUCUCCCAAGGUGCCGGCGCUGGCCCCGUGAGCCCAGCACCAAGUGUUCUAAGUCAUACGUCAGACUGUCAAGAUCAUUUCUUUAUCUCUAGGUUGACAUUGACCUUAAUAAAUCAAUAAACCAGAACGCAAAGGAAACCAGUCGCCAAUAACUUAGGUCAACACUGCAUCUCUUCGCUGAGAAUGAUAGCCUGGUAGUAAGACACCUUCUUUGCAUGGUAUGAUAGCAUGAUUCCUGCUUGUGGGAAAACAAUCUUUUCUCAAAUCCCUUGGACUUCUCAAUGGCUCCCUCUCCCACACAGUAGUCCUAAAAAGGAGAAUGUUUGACUUUAGAAAGCAAAACUCUACUUUUGGAAGACACUGACAUAGUGUUUGUAUUUGCUUACCAUUUGCAAGCUGAAAUCAGGAUGGAGUGGGAUCACGACUUCCACAUCCGAUUGAUUUUGUGCCUAUGGUUAACCCAUCCGGCACCUAGCUUUUUCAUCAACACCUUCUAUUUUCCCUUUUUGUAAAGUAACUUCUGCUAUCAAGAUCAACAAUUCUAUAUGCUUUAGAAAGCUAAUUUGUGAUUUCCUUCUGUGAGUUUUCUUUCUCUUAAAGCCAACCUAAUACCACAGACAACAAUUGCAAAGCUGCGAUGAUUGUGUGAUUCUUAGCCAACAAAUGUAUGUGCUCUUAAAGUACACUGUUUUCCUGUCUACAUGUGGUUUGUGUGCAUUAAAAGGGUGGGGGGGGUUGCCAGUGUUCAUUUAACUGCUUUGACUAUUUAAUCCAGUCAUCAUAAGGCAUAAAUGACUUCAACAUUUUAUCUCUCUUGAGUUUCAAAUGUCAUUUCACCUUGUCCCCACAUGAAUUUGUUUAUUGUGGGAUGAAAACCUGCGAUGAAUAUGUACAUAGAAUAUUAAUAAUUCCUAUAAGGAUGGAAGUUAAGUCACUGCAUGAUGGAAACUUAGAAAAAAGCAGAACCUUGAGUUCUUUAAGCAUGUUUGAGGGGAAACAGAAUCUUUAACUCAGUGCCUCUGUCUGCAAUGUGGAAACCUUCGACUUUGUCCACCAAAAUUGUAUGAUACCCGUGUAAAUAUAUAAAUAGAGUAUAGUAAAUCAGACACCACCAGUUUUUAAGUCUCUGGUUGCAAAUUUUAAAUAAAUAAUCCAUAAACCAACACAUAUUCACCCCAUCUUCAUCUCUGAUGUUAAUGGAAACCAUCAUCACAACGACCCUGCAUUUCAUUAAUUUGAGGGGAUUUCACCUCAAAGCUCCCCUGUGCGUUCACUGACUGUGGCACAAUAUCCUGGCUUUGACUGUGCUUUUCCAGCAUAAGAAGGUCUCAGUGUUUUGACCACAUAAGCUUUUUCAUAAGUCAACUCUACAGGCCAUUUCCUUUUCCGACUUUGGGACUGUCAUAAGGCAAAGCAGAGGAAAAGCUUAGCAACAAAGGCGUGACGUUUUUCAGUUGCUGCUGUCAUAACCAAGACAAUAUGAGUUCAUUUGUAAACUGACUUAUAAUUCCUCUGUUACCAUUUUGCAUCUGUGUGGGGAAAUAGUUUUAAUUUAUUUGGAGUUACUGAUCAGUCAUAUUGUUAGUUGUGAAAAUAAAUCUCUGGGUAGCACAGACACUAAAAACACAACAUAGCCCCCCAAAAGGAAUUGAGUGGUUUUCUUUCAUGACACUGUAAUAAUCAGAGAGCGAAGAGAAUAGAUUCUCACACUUUUUGAAAAAGGAUUUUUCAGUGAAAAUGUCAAGGCUGAUUUACACAUAUUUUAAAAUUCUACUUUCCUUGCAUUUCUUCAUGGCUCAGAGACAGUCACCGGUUGACGUAGCUCAAGAGGGAUUUUACUUUUGAGCAGGGCCAGUGUAUAAUGUACAUGUCACAUGUCCUCAGAUAAUCCAAUCGGGAGAAAUUGCCCGAAUAGUCUUCAUCCCUUUCUGAUUAUCUGACUCCGUGUGCUACGUGACGAUCUGCCAUCUGAGCCAUAGUUCUUGAAAUUUAAAAAAUAGUAUCUGUCCAGUGACUGCCAUUGAUCCACCUUAAACAGACUCUUCAGUCAUUCUUGCUGAGAUGGAAGCGUUACACGGCGUGGGCAUGUGGCCACAAAACAUGGGUGUUCUUCUCUGUUCUCCCCUCACAGCAAUCUGUUUGCAUCUGAAAUGUAAGUAUUUCAACUGUUCAGGAGGCAGUGCAACGCAAGGAUGUGAAGAUGUUGAGAACUUCUCAGAUGCUGUUAUUCAAACUAAUUUGGUUGUUAACAAAUGCUUUAGAAUCUGCCUCUCCGUGUUUUUGCUUUCAAUGGGAAACGUCUGUGGACUUGCAAGUUUCCCUCCCGCUUCUCUCUCUCACUGAGAAGACAUUCUUUGAGUUGAUGUUACCCCUAUGCCACUUUUAUGUAGCUUUGGAACACACAGUGUUACAGAGAAGCAGAGCAGACAGAAGUCGAUCCUCACACAUGCCAUCCUUGUGUGUCAUUUUACGGCUGUUUUGUGUUUUUUCCCCCCAGUUAUUUAUUAUUGUUAAUAACUUACUUUUUCUUACAUUCUGUUGUAAAUAAAGUACAAAGCAAUCUU